AAAUUUUACAGUGUUGGAUAUUUUAAAGUCUGAAGUGAUUGGUUUAUCUCAUAAUUUAUUAUUAUCCGAUUUUUUAAAGGAAUUAAUGAUCUUUGAAUGAAUACCGCCUUCAAACGGACCAAUCACAGUGCUUAAAAAAAUUUACAACCCUGAAGUGGUCAGUUUUUAUUUAAGUUUUAUAAACCUUUAAACAUGUUCAAGUAUACAUUGCAAUAAGCCUUAAUGUUCGAUAAACGUUAAACUAAACGAUAAACGUUAACUAAGACAAUGGGACCAUUUUGGUUCAAAUUAUCAUGUUACGCCACUGAACCAGUGGACAGCUCACGAAUUUCUACAUUAUCGACCGCUUUAUGACUUCCCUCAGAUUUGACGUUUCAGUCGAUUCGAACCAAAUAAAUUUUUAAUUUAGUGUUGUUAGUGCUUUAAUCACAAAAAUAUUCAACAGUGGGGCUCUACAGUUCAUAAUUAAGCUGUCUUAAAAGUUGUUUCCCCAGUCCAGCAAGGUUGUACUCACGUGAGUCCAAUUAUUACAGUUGUAACUCGUGAGCUACACCCCUGGGACAGCAAACACCUGACAAAUAUCUAUAAAACUACUCCUCCAAGCCUGGUCAAAGUUUUGCAGUGGGCGUAAACAUGAGGGCUAUAUUGGGCUACACCUUCGUUGGGACCUCCUCCCUGGUCAUAACAAUCCUAACCCUUUACCAUGUCUUGACUGGCAAAGGCGAAAGGGUUAGUGUGGGGUGGUUUCUAGAGAAAACAUCCCCGUACAUGUGGUGCACAAUAGGCAUCGGGCUAGCCGUUGCCUUAUCGGUGGUUGGGGCGGCAGCCGGUAUUCACACCACAGGCGUCAGUAUUAUCGGUGGUGGAGUGAAAGCCCCACGCAUCAAAACCAAAAAUUUAAUCUCAGUUAUCUUCUGUGAAGCCGUCGCUAUUUAUGGUCUCAUCACUGCUAUAGUGUUGUCUGGUUAUUUGGAGAAAUUCACUUGGUCUAGAGCCAUGGAGAACGACGAGAUUAAAGCGAGAAAUUGGCUCGCUGGUUAUUCGAUGUUUGGAGCUGGAGUUGCUGUUGGUCUAGUGAAUUUAUUCUGCGGCAUUGCUGUUGGAAUUGUUGGCUCAGGAGCCGCUUUAGCCGACGCGGCAAACGCAGCUUUGUUCGUUAAAAUCCUGAUUGUGGAGAUUUUCGGCAGUGCGAUUGGCUUGUUUGGGCUCAUUGUGGGCAUUUACAUGGUUUCGAAAGCCUCAAUGGGCGACAAGUCAUCCUAAACCUGUCCUAGAUGUAAUUAUUCUAUGUUAUUGAAUGUAAAUUUAAUUUACCUUGUAUAUACGUGUACAAUUGUUUAUUUAAGUAGAAGUUGGACUCGAAAUGGGCUUAGUAAUAUUCCGAACUUAAGUGAAUCUCUUUUAAACAAGUUAAAUAUAUUACAUGACAUUUCUGGUUUUUAUGGUUGUUUAUUUUAGGCAUAGUCUAUUGUACUUUACAAGUUUUUAUCAUUGUAAAAUAACUGUUCCAUACAAGAUGUAUGUUUCGUUGCGUAACAUUAAAUACACCUUUAAAAGUU